AGGAGAAUGGACGCAGGGUCAGAAGGGACGGUACGGGGUACGGAAUUCGGCCACCUCCCAAGCCAGAUACCAAGGCACGUGGUCAGGCGGAUACCACGACGGUUACGGCACGGAGAUCUACGUGGAUGGUGGCAACUAUCAGGGCCAAUGGUUACGUGGCUUACGACACGGCUACGGUACUCGACGUAGCGCCACGCAUGGCCAGGCGGCUAAACUUCGGCCCAAGUCACAUACGCAUGCCUCCCUGACGAGUUUACGAAGUGGUCGAGGUGACGAGGAGAAUGAAGACGACGAAGAAAAAGAACAUCAAAAUGGGCGAAGUGGAUUUGUAUUGAAGGCAAACAGUAAUGCACCAGCAAGGCGGAGGAGGUCGUUAUCGGAACGAUCACUUGCCGUCAAACGAACGCUCCUAUCCGGACUUCGGAUAAAGAAGCAGCACUCGACGGGCGACAUUCAUCAACGAGUCACAAGUACGACCGGAAGCCUUCGAUCCAGUGGCAGCACGAUGAGUUGCACUUCUGAAGAUUCCCUUCACCAUCAUCACAAGUCCUACACUAGCGCUGAG